AUGGUGAAGGGUCGCCAGACAUCCGGCUUUCCAUCAGAGCAUAAUCUCUUCUCCCCUCGCCCCUUGCAAGAACUCAGAGAUUCCCGGCGGCGGCAGGGAAAGGGGAUUUCAGCUGACAGGAAUCGCCGAGACCCCAUCUCAGCGGCCCGGUGCCUUCAACAUCACGGUCCGGGGAGCGGAUCCGGGAAGAUGGCGGAAGACAAGGACCAUUCCUCGUGCCCCCCGAAACCAAUAUGCCCGGCGACCCCCAAAUGCUCAGAACCAUCAAAGGUCUCCAACUGCCUAAGGAAACUUCUUGGCUGCUCUGCCCCCAGUCCCCCGAAGUGUCCUCCCAAGGAUCCACCCAAGUGCCCACCUAAAUGCCCGCCAAAGGAGCCACCCAAGUGUCCCCCAAAGGAGCCGCCCAAGUGCCUGCCUAAAUGCCCACCGAAGGAGCCGCCCAAGUGCCUGCCUAAAUGUCAGCCAAAGGAGCCGCCUAAGUGUCCACCAAAAGACCCACCCAUCUGCCUGCCACCAGACAAGGCCGAAAACCCGUGACCUCUGACCUGUUACCUGUGCCCAGCCGCUGCCAAGAAUACACGCCUCUCCUGC